AUGCCUGAAAUCAAGAUUUGGCACCGCACCUGCGUCGUCUGCAAGAAUGUCGAGGCGGUCCAGCAGACUGUCGUGAACACCACCAAGGACAAUAAUAACAACAAGGACGAAGCCAAGACUGUAGUCCACACAUUCUGCCCAGGCGAAACUCUCAAGGAUGCUGUCGCAAACUACCGAUGUCGGGCCUGUCGUUCUGCGAUGACUCUUGAGAGCCAGAAGCUCCAGGUCGCCAUUAUGGAGCGUCUAGGACAGGAGCAAAAGACAGAACGAAGCAGCAGCGAGGAGGAAUACUGGACAGCGCCGGAGGACUCAAGGUAG